AUGGGCGAUCAAGGUGUAAACACUCGCACAAACCUACCUAACGCACCAGCAGCGACUACCGGGGUUAAUGUCCCAGCAAACCUCACCGCAGUAGCCACAGCUCCUGCAGACGCAGCAGUGCUGGCUCCCUUAGCCGGAGGUAUUGAUCAAAGCAUGCUCUUGCAAGCUUUGAAAAUACUCGAACAACAGAGAAAGCCCAUAUACAAGCUGCAUGGGACCUCUCCUUUUACUACGAAAGUGCGACAAGCUCAACUUCCCAAGGGAUUCCGAUUAUCCGAAUCCCUAAAGUACAAAGUGGAUCAGGUACCUCAGCUUGCAAAAUGUCGCAUUCUUGCAGCAACGCUGGAGGAAAAUGCCCACGAUUGGUUCAGCCAAUUGCCUGAAGCCUCUAUCUCGACAUGGGAGACCUUUUUCGAUCUGUUCCUCACGCAUUUCCAAGCCACGAUGACCUAUAGGCCGCCCUAUACCACUCUGGCUAACAUCAAGCAAGAACCCGUUGAGUCUUUGCAGUACUAUUUUAAACGUUUUAAUGCCGAAGUAACAAAGGUUGAGAAGGCUCCCGAGUCUUCGCUAGUUUGUAUGCUAAUAACAGGUGUCCUGCCAAGAACAAAUUUUUGGAAGGAGCUACAGGUCCGAAGACCAGAAUCGCUAGUCGAGUUCUUUGCCAUGGCAGAAUCGCAUACGAGGAUUGAGAAUUCUCUGGCAGAAUUGGAGAAAGGCAAAGACAAGCGUAAGUCACCAGUGCCGCGGAUGAGAUUGAAAGAACUGAUCAGGAGGGGAAAAUUCAACAAAUAUAAAAGGAACGAGGAAAGUCAUCCCCGGGGGGAUGACAAAGAGGAAAAUCAAAACGCGAGUGGUUCGAGAACACCUCGCAAUAUAUUGACCAUGAUAGGCGGGCCCCAUAUCGCAGGUGACUCCAGAAAGUCGCAGGAGCGAUAUGCAAAGGAAGCCAAGGAGAAGCCGCUCACCAACAUGAACAAUCUCAGUGAGCGACCAGAGAAGUUAUUCAAAAGAGAAUGCGACGACAUCACGUUCAUGGAAAGUGAUGCGAGAUGGGUCCAUCACCCGCAUUCUGACGAAAUGGUCAUUGUCGCCAAUAUUGGCGGAUACAACGUCCACCGUAUACUUGUGGAGAACGGAAGUUCAGUGAAUCUCUUGAACUUCCAAGCCUUUAAACAAAUGGGGUUGCAUGAGAAUGAUCUGCGACCUGUUACGUCGAGUAUAUACGGUUUUACGGCGACGUCAUUGCACUGA